CACUAGAUUAGGGAGCGGGAAUCUUGCUCGACUCGGAGUCCUGUUCGAUGCCAAACAGAGCUGUAGAAAAACAAGCUCCGGGCCGCCGCCGACGCAAUGCUAGACGUCGAGUCGCGGGAACGCUGAAAUCCGCUCAAACAAAGACAUCCAUCUAGCCCGAUCCACCGUGCCUUCUAUUUGACGAGCUUCGUUCGGUGUGAUGUGAGUGUUCCAACGUGGUACACUACAUGGAACGGUAUUUCAUGGUAUUUCAUGUGUCUGUUGAACACGGUGGCACCGUCACCGUAGGGUUGUUUGAGGCCCUGGCUUCGUCUACUAAAGAAGAGCAGCCGCUAGUUGCUGCAUCCUGUGUGCCUCACGGAUGCCGAUCUAAACAUCUACCCACAUCCGUGGCUCGGACGCUUGACAGUGUACUGGGUCUGCUGCAAGAAACACGGCUGCGCAUGACGGUUCUGCAGGCCGAUGUCACCAGCACUGGGUCAAUUUAGAACGUUACUGGAGGGUUGGAAUGGGAUUCAGCGAACGAGACAUUGGAGGCACUAGUCGUACUCGGUCCUUCUAUCGCUGGGCACGAGUGGGUGGAUGUGGG